AUGCCCCUUCACAUAGCCGUCGUCGGUGCUGGGCUUGUCGGUUUAGGCGCCGCCAUCUCGCUAGGCCGGCAGGGGCACCAGGUCGACAUCUACGAGAAGUCACGGUUUGCGCAUGAGGUCGGCGCAGCAAUCCAUGUUGGACCGAUGGCGCAGAGAUGUCUGGCUUCCUGGGGACUAGAUUUGGAGGAGAUGAAGCCGGUCGAGUCUGUGACGCUGAGUCGGAUCUCGGUGACCGAUGAUCACUCAGAAGAUAUGCAUCUUGUGAGUCCAGCAAAGCUCGGUCUGCCCGAGCGCCAGCUCAUGGUACAUCGCGUAGACUUGCACCAGCUGCUACUCAAGUCCGCGCAGGAACAGCCUACCGUCGCCAUUCAUCUCGGCUGCGCGGUCAAAUCGGUCGAUCCCGCCGGUCGGAUCACGCUCGCGGACGAGACGGUCAUCUCGGCAGACAUCGUUGUCGGCGCGGACGGCGUGCAUGCCAUCUCGGUCGGGGCAGUGGACGAGGUGGACGGCCCUGCUCCCGCCCAGCAAACCAUGUACCGGUUCCUUCUGCCCGCCGAGACCGCUCGGGGGCACCCGGUUGCUCGCCGGGCCCUAGACAAGUGGGUCUACUCGGAUCGGCUCAUCGACCACGCCGACUUUGAAGGCGCCCGUCACGUCGUCAUCUAUCCCUGCCGCAACAAUACUUUGCUCAACGGAGCCGUAAUGCUCCCCAUCGCGCUCGAUCCGCGGGCAGAUGAGCUAGAGGACGCGUGGAACAAUCCCGGAACGCCCUCGGACAUACUCGAAGUCAUCCAUGACUUUCCGGAAGAGAUCAAGGCGCUGGUCUCGCUCGCAGAGGACGUCAAACACUGGCGCUCGGUCAAUCGGGAAUGUCCCAAGACAUUCAUCAGGGGGAAGCUGGUGCUGGUUGGGGACUCGGCGCACCCUAUGAAGCCAACGUUUGGCGCUGGCGCUGGGAUCGGAAUUGAGGAUGCGGCGGUCCUAGGGCUCUUGCUGGGGAGGGAUACGGGACCAGAGGACGUGCCUCGAGCGCUGGAGGAUUACAACCGGCUGCGAUACGAGCGGGGCGUCACGGUCAAGUACGCAUCAGAGCCACCGGAGGCGGCCGAGGCGUCGAGCGCACCGCCCGCGGACACACUUCGCAAGUUGGCGGAUGCCGGGGUGCCGAAGGAUAUGAUAGGGUACCUGCUGGGAGAGGAUGCGCUCGAGCAGGCACGCAGGGUUGUUGAUGGGUCUGGGGGCUGA